AUGGUGGUGGUGUCCGGAAAAAGUGCCUUCUCCAAGGAUAUGGCCGUCCGAAAACGAAUCUCCGGCAUUUAUAACAAAAGAGGGCAGGAUUUCCCUUCUUUAAAGGAGUACAAUGACUACUUGGAGGAAUUGAAAAAGAGGAAGUGUCUGCUUGCACUUGCUGUAGUUAAUUUAGUUGAUGGAGUAGAUGUUCCUGCUAUUGAAGCAAGAAUUGCUGAGUACCAAAGAGAAAAUGCAGACCACGUCAUGAAUGCUCAAGCCCGCAAGGCUGAGGAAUAUGCAGCUGCUUUGGCGGCAAGCAAGGGCAACAGCCGCAGUCGAGCAUUGAUUUUGUAA